AUGAGCAGCUCUUCUCCCUUCUCCAGGUUGCUGUCAGAGGAGAGGCCCGUUGCUGCCCUGUGGGGCUGCCAGCUGAACACAGGCACCCGGAGCUGCGUGGUGCAGGAGGACGAUGACUUCUUGGAGCACCUGGUCCUGCUGAGAACGAUCUGCCUGGGGGCCGAGGCCAGGGAUGAGCUGCACGUGGUGGCCGUUGAUUCAAAAAACACAUAUGGAGACCACAAGCCGGUGCCCAUCGCAGCGCUGCGGACCUCGGUGCUCCCCAUGAUCAGCCUCAAAGGUCUGGAGCUGGUCCCUCCUGUCACCUUUGUGCUCAAGUGUGGAGCUGGACCAGUCUAUCUCAGCGGGCAGCAUGUCACCCUGGAAGAUGAUGCUAAGUACGAAACCCACGAGGAAGAGCUCUUGGAGGAAGACAUAGGUGAUGAGGAUGAUGCUAGAGCAUCAUAG